AGGCAUCACCUGGUCAAGGCUGGGGGCCACCUGAUCCACUGCUCGGUCGUCGUCGGGCUGCUGGUGGGCGUCCAGGAGUUCAUGUCGCCGGCCGCCGAGGGCGCCGUCCUGCCGCGGCCGGUGCGCGCCGUGGCCGCGGCGGCCUUCCCCGUGUUCUGCCUGCACAAGCUCGCGGUGCUCCUGGUCUCCCUGCCGCCCCACCGGGCGCCACCGCGCCGCCGGACGGCACGCCAGUUCUUUGUGUCCGAGCCGGCGGAGCUGGCGAGGCACGUGGCGGAGGCGCUGACGGUGGUCAUCGUCACGGGCUUCGGGUGUAUGUGCGGCGCGCUCCACUGGGCCGUCUUCGCGCCGCUCGCCGCAGCAGCAGCGGGCGUGGUGCUCAGCGCCAGCGAGGCGCCGCCGCUGGCACUGGCGCAGGCCGCGGCGGCGACGGCGGUGCGCCUGGUGGUGGUCCUGGUGGCGCUGACGGUGCAGGCGUGCCGUCGAGUCGCCCGCCGCCCGCGGGGCGUGGCGGAGGCGAUGCACCCGCUGGGCGCCGGGCCGCACGUGGUCGCGAGCCUGGCGGUUCUGCCCCUGGCGUGGUACGUGGAGUCCAACGUGCCCGUGCUGGCGCUCUGGUCUGUGCACGCAGGCCUGGCCGCGGUGGGCCUGGCCGACCGGCUCGUCCUGCGCCGGCUGCGGUGGCGCCCAGGCGUCGCCUGGUGGUACGCCGUGCAGUUCGCGGCCGUCGCCGCUUACGUUGUGAACGCCGCGUGCGAGUUCUCCCGCGGCGCGGGCGCACCCGGCAGGCCGGCGCUCCGCCCGUCGUGGGCGGCCGCGGCGCCGCCAUCGGACCGUGCUCGGCCCGGCUCGGCUCGGCGCCGUCGGUUCAGCUCGGCUCGGCCCGGCUCGGCUCGCCGCCGCCGUGGGCUCAGGGCGACGGCCAGGGCGAGCAGCUGCGAGGAUCGAGGCUCUCGGAUGUGCGCGCCGGCGGUCGGCGAGCUGCCGGCCCGCGGGGGUGGUCUCCAGCAGCCGCGCCUCUCGUCGAGUGCGUUCCGGGGGUGCCGGGGGUCGUCCCGCGCACGGCCGCCGGCCGGCCCGAGGUAGGGCCUGGAAACCAGGGCGCGGCAGGUCAGAGGCAACGUGGAUCGGCGAGUACAGGGUAUGGUUGCGCCAGGGUGUGGCUUGCGGUCGGCACCGUUGGGGCCAGGGGGGCACGACGCCGUCCUCGUCGGGCCUCCUCGGGGCGCGGGGGACAUCUCUCGAGGUCCCCGCGCCCCCCCCCCCCCCUGGGGUGCCACCCGGGAGAAUCCCCAGGGCGCCGAUUGCAAACCACGCCCUUUGCAAACCACACCUUUUCGAGUCGCCGAGUUAACUUAAGGGGGCGGUUGGCUCAGGGAAGAAGGCAUCGACCUC